GAUGGCCUCCCGCGGAAUCGCUUCCAUGGCCCUGGCCUACUUCGCCUUCGAGGACCUCCCCAAAACCACGGAGAGCUUCGAUCUGGAGUACUUCGCCGAGGCCGCCGAGUUGCUCAUGUCGUGGGAGGGCGUGAUCCCCGACAGGUGCGGGGUCGUGGCCGUGAGCAAGGCGGCGGACAUCGCCUUCACCCUGGCCACGUGGGUGCCCGAGGUGAAGGCCGUGGUGAGCAUCAGCGGCUCGCCCGUCGCCUACGACUCCGUCAUCACCUACCAGGGCAAGACCAUCCUCGAGGGCUUCAAGAUGGACCUGAGCUUCAUCCGGCUGGACGAGCACGGUCGGCUCUACCCGCUCAGGGAGAUGAUCCAGCUGCUUACGCCCGACCACCCGCAGUUCAUCCCCAUCAACCUGGCGGACGACGACACCUACUUCCUGGUCGUGGGCGGCGACGACGACGCGUGGUCCUGCGACGUUCCCGUCCACAGCGUCCGGGAGCGAAUGGAGAUGUUCGGCCGGACGGAGAAGCUGGAGACGAAAGUGUACCCGGGAGCGGGUCACAUCCUGGAGCCUCCGUACGGCGCCCUCAUCCACCACUCGUACCACAGGCAUCUUCCCGUCGUGGGCGGCGAGGACGGGACCGAGAGGAUCACGGGCGUGCCUAUCGUCUGGGGAGGACGGCCUUUAGAACACUGUGUUGCUCAGGAGGACCUGUGGCCACGGAUGAGAAAUUUUCUGGUCAAGCACGUUCGUGACGAGAGUCCUUGGUAUCAGCAGCACAAGAACGAUUGAUGCCCUGGUUCGCUGUACUGUAAAAAAACAUUUAGUGAAAUCACUGUUUAUAUAUAUACUUCGUUAACAUCAGAACUCUAGAGGUAGUGCCAAGGAAAGCAAUAGACGGGUAUGGUUCACUGGAAAUCUCAACGACCAGUAUUCUAAUAAAGAAGCAAUUUUC